AUGUAUGAAUUCUUUCUUAAUAUGUUGAAUGAAUUUGAUACAUAUUGGAGAAUACCCAAUCUUAGCAUCCCUUAUGAUUUUCAGUACAGAGCAAAGCUUGUUUUUGAGAACGAUGGUUUGCAACGAAUUUUUUGCAAAUGUAUGCAUAUUGUUCCUCGAUAUUGCAUCCUUGUUAACAACUUCAGGGAACCUUCUCAUUUAAGUAUGAUCGAACAUUUCCUGCGGAUAUCAAAUAUUAUUUUUGCACGAAAUUAUGGAAUUCAUCAUUGUCCAAGAAAAAGCGAUAUGUCUGUAGAAGGACCACCGAGCACAUGGAGAACGAUAUUCCUCUGGAAGGAAUUCUUGCAACUUUUCUUCAGUUUGCACAGAUUCCUUCGUAAUAAUAAUAAUACCCUUUCGGCGCUUAUAGCAAGUUGUAUAACUCAAUUGAUGUCAAUGAGUAGGGUUGUUCUACCUGAUUCACAGUCCAAUCCGGACUCUAAAACAGUAUCUAUUCCGGAUAUUCCUUAUACUACAGCAUACAAUAGAUAUACAUCAGACCUAAUUGCACUUUUCGUCUGGUCAUUCAACACGUAA